GCAGACGGCCAGAGGGAGCUGCGCCGGGCUGGGCUGUGCGCGCUGCGCGAGGGACUCGCCUGGGCGGAGCGGGCGCGCGCUUGGCUCCGGGGCAGCCGCUCGCUCGCUAUGAAUGCGGCCCGGGCUCUGCUCUCCGCCGUGUUCCUCGCCUGCUUCUUCUGGGGGGAUCUGCCCUGUUGCCAGCAGGCCACCAUCCCCGCCGACGACGCGCCCAGCGAGCCUCUCCGGGAGUCCGAGCAGGGCAUGCGAAGCCCACAGGACGGCCAAGCGCCCCGAGACGCCGCCGCCGCCCGGAAGGGACCGUCCGCCUGGGCCCCGCCGCCGCUAGUGGAGCCCCACGAGUACAUGCUCUCCCUCUACCGGACCUACUCCAUCGCCGAGAAGCUGGGCAUCAACGCCACCUUCUUCCAGUCCUCCAAAGCCGCCAACACCAUCACCAGCUUCGUGGACAGGGGGCGAGGUAAGCGGACAGGGCGCAGCCGACGGGCACCUUCUUCGGGCGGGUUCCCCGGGCCUGAUCCAACCUUCUGACACUUUCCCGGGCCCCAUCCACCUUCUGACACUUUCCCGGGCCCGAUCCACCGUCUCCUCCUCCCUCCCCCCCGAAAUAUCUCUUCCCCCACCCCAUCCUCUCUCCUUCCAGCCUGCAGCCCUUCCGUUCUCUCCUCCAAAAAGGGCACCGAUCCGACCGCGCUCCCCUGGUUUCCCCGUCAUUCCUGCAGGCUCCCGAAUCCCUCUCAGCUCCUGUGCAUAGCUGUCAACUUUUUCCAAGGGAAAUUCCCUUAUUCCGAAUAGGAUUCCUCGCAAGAAAAGGGAAAAGUUGACAGCUAUGCUCCUGCGUGCUCUGCCACCAGCAUCCUUCUGGAGUUCAGUCUGAAUAGGGGGUCCCACACGCGUCUCGAUGUGAACACACACACUCCGGAACACUUGCACUGGAGUAGAGCGUGCCUUGCUUGGAUGGGGGACCCCUCCGCCUUUCUGCGCGCUUCCUGGGGCGUCUGCCCCGUCGACUCUGGUGGGUCUCUCCGAAGAGUCCAAGGCGCACAAGAGGCCGGGGCGCCCCUUUGAGAAAGCGGCAUCUGGUGCUCUCCACCGGGGGAAUCGCCGUUGGGUUGGGGACAAAUGCUCGCGUUUGGUUUCUCCGUUGCGCCGGCGUCUCAGAGAUAAACGGGGAAAGGAGAGCUGUUUCUGGAGCAAGUUUUCUCCCUUCUCUCUGCUGUCUUGCCUCUGCCAAACUUGAUCCAACCUUAAAGCGCCCGGACUUCGACGGAAGCGCCUCUCUCAUCUGCCAGAAAUGUUUCGCAGGCUUUUUUUCCAUCGGGAUGAGCUGCAGUUCUGGGUCGCGUUUUCUCUUCGGUGCUCUGUUAGGAAGCCGUUUCUACGGGAAUUAUUCUGCUCGGUGGAUUAAAAGCGCAGCGGAAUCCGGAGUAAUCCGAAGGCGGGUGGGGAUGUGUCCAUGUGUUCGCGGCCCCUGGUUUCCGUGUGGGAAUCCAGAGCCAGGUUAAUCGCGACGGGGAGCAGGGGGGUUAUCCUCCCACCCGGCCCGAUUUUGUAUGACACAAAUUAAGGAGCGGGGGGAAUUGUUCUUUUUCGGUCAGUUUCCAAUAAAACUUUGCGAGGGUCAGCGCUUGCUCGGUUCUAACCGCCAGGAAGGCGCGCCUCGGCUUCUGCCAGCUCCCACAGAAUCAGAAUCAUUUAGCCACAAGGAAUAUUAAAACCCGUGCAAAAUAAAAAGGACCUUCGACCCCAUCCGGCCCGCGGUUACUGCUGAGCAAAUCCCACCGGGUUGAACGGGGCUCCCUCCCUAAUGCAGGGCAGCCACCAAGGGAAUCCCCCGCCCCAUACACACACUUCGUAUCUUUUCCACAGAAAUCCGCCAUCUCCUCUUUAAAAAAAACAAACCCAAACAAACAAAUCUGGGUACAAUCGCAGCAUCUUCAGGUCGAGCUAGAUCUCAGGAUCCCCUAAAGAUCGCUUCACCACCCACCCACCUCACUUCCUUUGUAGGUGAUGCGCUUCUCCAAGCCUUUAAUGGACGGUCCCCGUCCCACUUUCCGAAAUCUCUGAGGAUCCUUCGGGGGAUCAUAAAUGACCCAUAAAUAUAACUGUAAAUUCGGUCAUUCCCACACUCUCCUCUCUCCUCUCACCCCUUCCCAUUUAGCACGCUCUUUCCCCAAAGCCAGGUCUCCCCACUCCACCCCGACCCACAUCCCUGUUCCGGUCUCCCUCGUCCGGGCCCUUUGCGCGCAGCGGCUACCCUCCUAACCGAGCCAGAGGGUGAUUCUUGAGCCUUGGAAAGCCUUGGAGGGAGCAAACAUCAAAACCGCCGGCUGCAAAUGGUAGUUGAUUCCCUCCCACUGAAAAAAGAGGAAAAUAAAAGGAAUGAACUAAAAGCUUGCGCUUCGUUUCAAAAGAUCCGAGUAGCUCCCCUGUCCUUUAAAGGUCUCUGCCCCAAGGAGAUGGGGACGCCAGCAAUUAAUGGGGUGGGGGGGAGCUUGAAACAUCGCCUCAACCCACAUACCAACCCUGAGACCGGCUAAUGAGGCAUGGACACUUUCCAGGCAUUGUUAAGCGUUUCCCUAUAUGCUCCCUGGCCAUCUUUACCCUGCUGGAGUAAAUUGCUUCUUCUGUUUUUGUUUUUUUUAAAAAACGUGGCGAAUUACUUCGUUCUUUUAUUUAUUUUCCUACUGGGGGAUUUUAACUUACAGUACUCCCCCCCCCGGGGUUUAAACUGUUUGCAUCCCCCCCCUUUUCCUCCUCCCCCCCAUCCCGGCUCCUUACCAACCGUUGCGCCCUACCUUGCAGGUAUCUCGCAGCCGGUCUUCAGGUUUAAAUCUAUUGCCUCCUUAUUGCUUCGAAGGGCAAUCGGAAAGUGAAUAGGAAGGGGGAACCCCAGGCGAUUCCCUUCCAUUCUCACGGCAAGACCGCAAGCUUAACAUGUCAGAGAUUCGUAAGGUACCGUAGCUUUCACUGGAGAAGGGGAGCCCAGGAGUCUGCGGUUCAUGGGAAGAGUUAACCGCGCUUCUCCUUGCGCCUCUACCUCCGCCGGCCCCCACCACCACAACGAGAGAUUGAUGCUAGGCAUAUUUGAAAGACUGUUCUCGGAUGGGUUAUCUGUUUGCUCGUUCGUUGAGAGCAAUCCUUCUAAAGGAGGCCUUAGCUGGCAGCCUCGGUUAAAAAUAGCUGGUCGGUGGCACCUGAACGGCUUCUUAAUUCUCCAUUCUCGCUCGCCACCCCACCAAGAAUGGGUUUCUAAGGAGAGAAGGGGAGAAUAGCAUGCAAUCUGAUUUUAAAGGAGAUUAUCUCGCUUCUCAGCUAGGAAACGGGCCCCCACCCUUCCUUGAUGUUUUUAAUGUGGUUUGUUUCAAAAACCACAACCAACUUGGGACACACCUCUCCAGUUUAAAUCGCUGCCUUCUAAACAAAAGGGAUAGGAAGGGGGACAGUUUGCAGGCUACAGAGGACCCUGAAAACUUGGCUCCAGAGGUGGAUCUCACUCUGCACUCCUGGGAGAUUUUUCUCCGAGGGAAGGCGGGCGAUGGUAGCAGAGCAAUCGGGAGAGCAAUUCCCCCAGGAGGAGCCCUGGUUUGGUGAAGGGGCGGGGGUGAGGAGGAGGAGGAGGAAAGCCUUCGUUCCUCCCCCCCCCCCCCGCCGUCCCCAUUGAUUUUGAUUUGAUGUGUCACAGGCUGUGACCUCGUGCUGGACCUUCUGAGGGUUGCUUAGCAUCAAGCCCCUGAUUGGAGUAGUUCAACUCAGUGAUCUAAUUGAGUGUUCAUGUCAUAACAUAUCAAAGAUUGUCUAGUCUCCCAUAAUGAAGGCGGGCCAGCCAAUGGCGCACCCUCGACGGGGAGGACUUCAAGAGAACUUCCGUUCCUCUGAAGUGGCAGGCGACCCCCGCUUGGGCUCCCCCCUUUUUCUUUUUCAAAGCCCACCUCCCUGUGGGCUCCCCGCUCCCCCGUCCUCCAGUUAAUUGCUGAGAUGGGCUUAUGCAGCAGCAGGAGCAGGAGCAGCUCCGGAGCACUUCUCUCCAAAGAUUUGCAGGACUCCUGCCCGACGCGCAGAUACAGACUUUUCAUUUCCCUAACGCGGAAUAAUUCUCCUCCAAGCCCUCCCCUUAAGGAUCGCCGCGGUAUUUGCUCGCCUGGUCAAUGUCGCUUUAAACGAAAAGGCAGUAGAGUGGCUGGAAUGGCUUCCUUUUUUAUUUUUAUAGAAAUCGACGCUUCCACGAAUCCCACCCACCAUUUUUCUUUCACUCUGCUGGAGACUAGGGUGAUUUAUUGUGGAUCUGGCUAAAGAAACUGUUCUCUUUCUCCCAAAUCAUUAUAAGUAACGCGGAGUGAUGGGGUUCUUCUCUGGCUUUCAGCUGAGCUUGGAGCGAAGAGAAGCGAUCCUAAAUCUCGCUUCUGUCUCUCCUCCCCGCGCAGCGUCCCAUGAGGGCCAGAGAGAGUCAUAAUACACACCCUCAGGAGUGCGCCCGAGCCAUCCUUUCCACGGGGAUAAAUCCAGAGUGAUUUCGGCUGCAAAUCGAUGGGACCUGCUUAGAUCUAGGAUGGCACGGUUAGGACUUCGCUGGUGGUUUUUAGAAGGGCGUUACUUAAAAAAAUAACACCCCCUAAAAAAGAAACCCUCCCCCUUCGGCGCAGAACUUUCAGAAUAGUUUAUUAAUCGGAGAGGGCUCCGCUGGCUCACAUGCUUUAUUAUUUUUGUUGUUACGUGUUUAGGGGGGAAAGUGGGGGAUAGUUAGCAUUAACUCCUCCCCCCUUACCAUAAAGCCCGGUUGCCCCCUCCCCUUUCACCACUCCUCCCAGUUAUGGUCGCAAGAUCAGACAGGACCUCGCUGAAUGUAGGAAAAUUACUGUUGGCGCAUGAAGUAAACUCAUUAAAACGCAGAUGGUGCUUGGCUCGCUCCGCCGCCGCCGCCCUCCCUCUCCCCACGUUUAGAAACCCCACAAUAAAGCAGAACAAUUAGGAACUGCCGCCGGAUUGAGGGGUGAACCGCAAAGGCACUUAUUAUUAAUAAUAAUUCAUAAUAAUAAUAAUAAUAAUAAUAUUUUCCUUGACAACUCUUUAGAUAUUCUUGGGCAGAAAUAAAUCCCAUGGGGGCUCAGAGCUCAGGCUCUGGGGUGAGAAAUCGGCAGGCCUGCCUGAGAGCGAGUGAUUGCUGUGAUUUACUACCCGAGGAAGGUGAAAGGCGGGUGAGGCUGAGGGGUUUGAAGAAGGGCUUGGGAAUCCCAGAAUUUUUGGAAGGCGAGGGAAGUGCAGGCAGGCUUUUAAACGCUUGGUAUAUUCUUGACCAGGGAUCUGCUAAAAACGAGCGGCAGGGGUGCAGGUUGGAAACAGUGGAAGCCCGUGGGUGCUGGGAAUGCCCACGGACACGACGUCCAUAAGGCAUUUCUUUCCACGGAGUUCACACGUGCCUGGCGCAUCAGAAAUAGGCUUGCUUGGAAGAAAGCAACCGGGACUGGGACUUCAGUUUCUCAUGGCGCAGCCGAAGUCCGUGAGUUCAGUCGAACUGAUUUCCUCGCAGGUGAAUAUAAGGCUGGAAAGCACGCCGCGUGGUUUCAAAAACAAGUAAACCUGCUCACGUGUGAAUUGGCCAAUGCGUGUGGAUUAGCAGCAACAGUUUUGUGAAUGGCUAUGCUCCCUGCGUCUCUGCUUUCUGCGGGUAGUUUCAUUCUGACUUCGCUGUUGGCCUCUUUCUAACGCACUCCUUCCACGUGUAUGUCUUCCUGUAACUCAGGAUAGCACGCUACACUCCGCGCAUCUGGUCGAGGGCAGCCUAGCUCGCGGAAGCUUAUGCCACUUCAAUACAUACUUGUAUUUGUCUUCAAGGCGCUGUCUUGGUUACAAUCGUGGAUCUCCGUUUUGGAGCACGGUUCUCUCUGCCUCGCUGAGUUUGCCUUGGAUGAGUGUCUCAAGAAUUCACACGGGCUGCAGGUCAGGUCCAUCUGCCGCGGGCACCUCCGCGUGUCUGGGAUCGGGAUGCCAGGCCGGGGACAGGAAGAUCUGCAGGUUUCAGCAAAGGGACCGAGAGGACUUAGCGAGGGCUGAGCGUGGCACGACCCUUUUCAUAAACAGGACACUAAAAAAAACAACACCCCAGCUUCUUUGAGGCUCCCCUUCCGUUCCAUGGACUGUGUCCAAUAUUCGCCGUACUCAGAGUAGACCCAUUGAAGUGAAUAGACCUGACCAAUUUAGGUUCCUUAAUUCCAGGCCUUCUCUGGGUUGGAUUUGGAUACAAUCCCUUGUGUACCACAUGCAUACCGUGUCCCUGUACAAAGCAGAAGAGAAGUGGACCGCGUGCUUGCCCAUCUUUUACACCUGAGUAUUUUAUCUUCGGCGGGUCACCAAGGUGGCGCCACCAUGUGCCGUUAGACCCCAAGUCUCAUGGCCCAAUGGUUAGAGUCGCAGUCCAACAGCAUCUGAAGGUCACCACCCGUGGUAACCCUGCUGUGACGCCUUUUGUAGCCUCUCCCUCUGAAUCGGAGGACACGCGUGUGAAAGUUGGAGAACUUGGAAGGGAAAUGGAGUUUGUUUUUUUAAGGUUUAAGGAAACAGCAACAGAGGGAGACUCGCGGCCCCUGCCCGUUUACCCGGAGGGAAGUCCCACUUGUCCCUCAGUAGGUGGACUGGGGCAUCAAGCGUCACGUGUGAACACUGUCCACCUGCUGGCUUUGCAUUGCUGCUGGUGUGGAACUUGAGGAAGACGCUGUUUUUAAAGCAUUGAGGUGGGUGGGUGGGUGUAUCUCUCUCGUGUGUGUGUUUCCAAAUUCGUGGCGAUAUUUCCUGCAAAAAGAAGGAGAAGCCAGGCAAGCAGGCCGCAAAGCGCUGCUGUGCUCGAGCUGGGCAUCUCCCUCGGUUCUUGGUAGACGCGUCUUUCAUAUCCCUCGGGGGGUUUGCGGGUAGGCGAGAGGGAAGGGAAGUUUUUCGAGGGGCAGGGAGCGCCCGCAGUUCGAAAACAACCCCUGCGGGGUGGGAAGCAGGGCUGGGCUGCUACGGCUGAGGAAUGCGGAUCCCUCUGGCAGCUCCUCUCGGGCUGCGUGUUGACGGAAAGCGGCGGGUUUCUAGGUGGGACCAUCCGCCGGCCGGCCGGGGCGAGGGAAGCGCAAUCCGGGCCGCGCCUUCGGGGCUGUGUUGUGGUUGGCGAAAGGCGAAUGAAAUACAAGCAUGGAAGUAUUUUAAUGGGGAAGAAGGGAAUUCACCGCUUUUAAUGAUGGGGCGACCUUGUAUUCGAUUUGUUUGAGCCCCUUAUAAAAAAACAAAACAAAAACAACAAACCGCUAAUGCAGACCAGACGGCCGGAGCGACGGAGCCCCGCAGACGGUUCCAAUCUGCGCUUCCUGGCCCAGCAAAGAGGUAGAAGACCCGGGAUGAAGGGAGGGGGACCAGCCUGGGGGUCCUUCUCCCCCCCCCCGCGCCCCCCAGCAAGCCUGCGCUAAACUGAGUUGGAGGCAUAUUGUCUGGACGCAGGAAACGCCUGGGAUGAGGACAGUGCUGUUGUGACCCCCUCCUAAGCAUGUUUACUCCGGAGUAAUCCCUGCUGAGUUCAGUGGGACUCCCAAGAAAGCGCCUAACUUUAAGCUGCCGCCCUAGGCAGACUUAUUUCGGAAGAAGCCUCGCUGAACUCGGUAGGACGCUUCCCCCCCCUUUUUUGGGAAGGAAGCGCAAGUGAGCGGACACAUCUGGUUAGGUGUAGGGGCGGGGAAUUAAAUAACUUGUUUGCAACGAAUGUCUGCAGGGUUUAGAGGCGUUUGGCAGGCACCUCUGGUGAGAUCGGGAAGGCUUGGGUCCAAAUUGCUGUGUUACUCUUUGACGGUAUUGGCCUGGGUUUACUCCAGGCCUGUUCCGGGGCAGGAGAUUUGUAAGUCUGAGCCCGAGGCAACCUGAUUUUGUAUUUUUUUAUUUUAUUUUAAGGGGGAAGCGCGAUAGACACGGCAGAACGGGAUCGUACAGCCACGUGGCUCGUGGUACUUAUUUAUGUAUCCAAAACUUUGCCUGCCUUUCGGGUCCUGCUCUGGGGAUUGAAUCCACCACAGUAAAGUACAGUGGUACCUCGGGUUAAGUACUUAAUUCGUUCCGGAGGUCCGUUUUUAACCUGAAACUGUUCUAAACCUGAAGCACCACUUUAGCUAAUGGGGCCCCCUGCUGCCGCCGCGCCGCCGCCACACGAUUUCUGUUCUCAUCCUGAAGCAAAGUUCUUAACCUGAAGCACUAUUUCUGGGUUAGCGGAGUCUGUAACCUGAAGCGUAUGUAACCUGAAGAGUAUGUAACCCGAGGUACCGCUGUACUGGGAAGCGGAGAGACGUGGAGGAUAAGAGAGGCGAAAACGCAGCACUUUACGCUGGGAGGAGGUUCGUUUCUUCACUAUAACAUCCGUCUGUCCAGUAGCAUCGCAAUAGCUGGCCUUGAUUCGGAUUGGCCUAGGACGUCAGUUUGGAGGAUUUCUCGCUCCCGAGUUCUCAUUAUGAUGUAAACUGGGUCUGUGCGUGGAAAUGUCUUUCCACAAGGGAAGCGCAGGUGCCCCAAGGAAAACAGCCCCGUCCUAUGAGCUCGCUGCGUGCAGAGCUCGCUGGCGGGAGGGCGCUAUAUCUCCUGCGUCUCACUUGGGGGGUUCGCAGGCGCAUAGGCUUGGGAACAGAAUGCUGACCGAGGUAGGAAUUAUAUUGAAUUAUGGAAUCGCAGAAUGGAAAAGUACCCCAGGGGUCAUCUAGUCCAACCCCUUACAAUGCAGGAAUCCCUGACAGAGGGCCAUCCAACCUCUGUUUAAAAACUUCCCACGAAGGAGAGUCCAUCGCCUUGCGAGUGGGGUUUGAUAUUGCAGAGGUCUUUGGACUGCCUUAGCCUGCUGCUGUUUAUGGAACCGGUUUUUAUACAUCAGAAACCACGGAAAGAAGUUUGUUGUGGAAGGAAGCAGCAAGCCAACAAGCAAAUAUAUACAGUAUUAUGAUUACACGCCUUAAUGUUUCGGUGGUUUUUAUAAUGCGCAAUAUAAAUUAAUCAUCAUCAUCAUCAUCUGGUCACCUGCAUCGACGUUGAAGUGCCUUUCUAUGUUCUGUAAACCGCCCAGAAGCCUAUUUUUUGGCAUGAAGCCGUAUGGUAGGGCAGGAGACUCCUAAUUUCGCGAUCGUGGGUUGAAGACCCACAUUGGACAAAAAGAUUUCUGCAUUGCAGGGGGUUGGACUAGAUGAUCCUCGGGAUCCCUUCCAACUCUGUGAUAAUGAAAUAAAUGUAAUAACAACAAUGCAGUUUUUUGCUUCAGGCUGCAGACCUGUGCUGACUUACCUGGGAAUAAGCCCCACUGCCAUUAAUAGAACUUCUGAGUAUUAUUUUUAUUUUAAAUUUGUACACCGCCUUUCAUCUGAAGAUCCCCCAGCGGUUCACAACAGGAAAAAAACCAAAUAAGCACGUAUGCAGGGCUGCAGUGUCAUAUAUCCCCAUUCACUCUCAGAUGAGCUUCCUGGGUUCAGUCAAGGGGAAGUGGCUGCUCAGACUGGCUGGAAUAAGCGGAAUUUAUCCUAUCUCUCCUUCCUCCAUUAGCGGCCCUUGGAGCCCCACAUUUUACGCGUGACGGCGAUAGGUGUAUAUCCCUCCUGAUGAAGGUCAGGACGGGAAAUGCUUGUUUGAGAAUUCCUGGUCCAAAGCUUCAGCCACUUCCCUAGCUGUGGAAAGGCGGUGUACAUUAUUUUGUGCCAGACAGAUAUAGCCCUCCAGAUUUUGCUGGGCAACUCACAUCAGCCCAAGGAUAGCCAGUAGUCGGGGGAGGGGUGGUCCAACACCCACACCUUCAUUUUGCACCUGUGGUGCCAAUACUAGGUUCCUCCCUCCUCCCCUUUAAUCCUUACAACAACCCUCUACCCAGAGAGAGGAAGAAGAAAUGAUUAACUAGUCCACGUUUUGGGUCCAAGCACGGGAUUUGAACCCGGUUCUUUUCGCUCGAAGCCCAGCGCUGCAUCCGAAGUUGGUGCGCUGCAGAUGUCCUUAGACUCCCAAGUCCCAUCAGCACCAAGGAGGACGGAUGAUAGGAGUUAAACAACAUCCGGAAGGCACUGCAGUGGCUUCCUCUCUGGACCCUCCUGGCUCCAGGAAUGAUGGACUUGUUCCUGUGUGCGUCAGACUCCUACCGUCCUCACCCCACUGGGGAUUUCCUUAGGACGGCGAGGCGCUUCGAGGCAGACUUCUCCGCGCUGCCUACCUCUCCGGGUUGCGCGUGAUCCUGAGUUAAAACUCUUGCUUAGUUGUCUCCAUGCAGGAGAGCAGGGAGGCCCGGUCUCUCCUUCCAUCUCCAGGGCGAACCCAGGCACCUCUUCCUACCGAUCACCGCCACGACAGUAUGUUUGUGUGCGUUGGGAAGGAUGUGGAGAGGGAGAGAGGUAACAAAAUGGAGAGGGGAAUUAUUUCACGCGCUGCUGAAUCUCCUUGGUCUGUGUGCUGCGUUCAAUGGGCCUGACUCUGAGCUCUCUCGCCAUCUUGGGGAAACCAAAGCUGCUCCAGUCAUCAGAUGUGGAAGCUGAAUAGACGCAGCUAUUCUCCCUCUCGGCCUUCCCAGCCAUGGGCGAAGCCAGGAUUUUAGUUGGAGGGAGGGGGGCGGACUCAGAACCUCAGAUUUGUAUUGACCUUGACCCCCCCUAGCUACGCCCAUGUUACCAGCCGUCUUUUGUUGCGCAUUAAUGACGCUCUGCUCCUGAUUCUAUGGGGCGGCUGCACAGGAUCCCCCUCUCAAUGCUAUUUGCCCCUGCAAAAAUCGGGGGGGGGGGUGUCAUACUGCUUCAUUUCCCACCAGUGCAUAUCCUGCAACACUUCCUGCUGGAAUCCUGUAACAUUUCACACCAGAAGUCCGCUUUUGUCCUGCUGUUGAUGCGCCGCAACCCCUCUGCCCCGCCCCCGGACAGCAAUAAGGUGGUAGCAUUGCGGAAGCAUGGCAGAAAAAACUUCUUCAGCUGCAUUGCAAGUAUUUGUGCUAGAUGAACUGUUGGGUCCCUUCCAACUCUAUGAUUCUGUCUAAUCAAGCAGAAUAAACCCACCAUUAAAGGAGGAUUAUUGAGCCAAGAACACGUUGCAGACAAUAAAACAGCAGUUUGUGGGCCAUCUCUCUCUUAUUUUUACUUCAACAGCUUUUUCAGGGUUGCAGUUCUUUCCACUCUUGCCUGGGAGAAAGCCCUACUGAAAAUAAUGGGAUUUACUUCUGAGUAAAGAGCGUGCACAUCCAACGGAAGCUUGCAGUCUCAUGUUCUGUUGCAUUUGGGAGCUAAAGGAGUGGCGGAUGCUCUCAUCAGAACACAUAUUAUUUAUUUUAGUCACUUGAGAAGUUUUAUUUUUAGUGACACGCAAGUUGACCCGUUUUAUCUUGAGAACCUUUCAGUUCGACAAAGUGCAACUUUACCCGCCAGAAAGUUGCGGAGACUUUUUAAAGGCGUUCCCUGGGCUCAGCAAUUGUAGGGAUUUCCUCGCGCAAUUGAAGUGAAGCAGUGGAGAGGGAGAAGCGGGAGGAAGCCGCUGGAUUUCCCUGAGGGAUCGCCUCUCCCCACUCGACCACCUGGAUCUGCAGAAGGGGCACUAUUAGAGGCGCCACAUAAACGCUACUCAAACCACACCUGGAAGAAAGCGUGCUUUUAGUGUGGGAGCACCCAAACAUUGGAACUCCCUGCCUGUGGACACCAGGCAGGCGCCUUCCCUCGGCACUUCCGGGUACCUGCUUAAAACAUUUUCAUUUAGGCAAGCCUACCAGGGCGCAAUAAAACGAGAUGAGCGCCGCAACCCCAGAGUCGGCCACGACUGGUCCUAAUGGUCAGGGGUCCCUUUACCUUUUUACCAGGGCGCAACACGUAGACGUGCUUUAAUCUUUUCCCCCCUUGUUAAUUUGAAUUGUCAUUAAUGCUUUUAAUUACGUUAAGAUUACUUUUAUUGAUUACUUGAUUUACUAAAAUCAAGCUCUGUAUACAUUUUAUUAAAAUAAUAAUUAAAAAAAUGAAGCCCUGCUAAAUGGCUGGAAAGGAGACUGCUUAUCUUUAAACGCAGUGUUAUGCAUACUUACUAGUGAGCCAGUCCCAUUAUAGUCCAGGGAGUAAACAAAUAUAGUUUCGAACUGGCAGUGGCCAGUUUCUCGUAUGAUCGUCCCCAUUUAAUACAAUGGGAAAACAGUGCCAGUUGGACCUAUCUAGCGCUGGGUGAGCCAUGCACCACCAUAAAUGGUUGGACUCCAGCUUCCGCUUCCGGCAGCCUGCAUGUCCAGUGGUCAGGGAUGAUGGGAGUCACCAUCCUUCAACAUUUGGAAGGCCAGGUGUCUCGCUUCGCCAGGUAAUGGCCUGCUGUCCUUCACUCGUGUGCAGUGCAGCGCCGUCUCAACCCAGAAGCCCACGGAAUUCCGUAGCACCGUUUGAUCGCAGCAGCCUUGACUGCCACCUCGAUCGUUUUAAUCUGAUUUUGUAAAGCGGUUUAAACUCCCGGCCUCUCCAUCUUUCUCAACCGCGCAUUGGUAUUUAGCAAAACACUAUACGGGUUGUAUACAUCCUACUCAGAGUAGACCCACUGAUAUUAAUGAGCCCAAGUUAGUCACGUCCAUUAACUUCGAUUUGUUUACUCUAAGACUGAAUGCAAUCCUCUUGUGGGUUGUGGUUUGAAAAAUCACAAUUCUGCAUUUCUUCCUUGUUUUCGUCUUGUGGCAUAUAUAUUUUCGGUCGUGGAAGAUUCAGGUGCUGAAAUGGUCCGAAACGGGAAUUAUACACACACCCCUUCGAUUACACCUGUCUGGUUAACUGAGUUUAAAUUCUAGUUUUCCACGAAGACGCUGGCUUGUUGAUUAAGCUGUCCGGGCUAAAUCUAUCAAGGCUUCAAGGAUUACUUGGAUUGAUGUUCCCUAACAGCAGUCUAUGCCAGCCUCCCCAACCUGUUGCAUUGCACUCCAGUUCCCAUCAGCCCCGGCCAGUACAGCAGAUGGUCAGGAAUGAUGGGAGUUGUAGUCUAAGCGCUUCCCGCAGAAUUGGCGAAGGCUGAUGCAAUUAAGGGGGGGGGGUCCUGUCGUAUGACAUGGCCUUGGCUGGACUACAUAUCCCAUCAUCCUUGUCUGUUGGUGUUCCUUUCAGCUGAGGCUGAUGGGAAUUGGAGUCCAACAACUACUGGAGAGGCCCCACUGCGGGUGUCAAGGCUUCACAGCAGCCUUCAACCUAGUUUGGACAACCACUUGAAACAUCCGGAGGGGCCACCAAGUUGGAGAAGGUGGAGACUUCGGUUAGGAGGCGAGGCGCCCUCCCUUUUCGACGUGCGCUUUCCAAGACGGUUAAAUGACCGGAGCGCACCGUUAAUGAAAACCCGUCCUGGAGUAAUAUUUAUUAUAACAACUCUCCCUGGGGUGGAAGACAAUGCCACCCAACGCGAAAAGGCCCGUCUCGCUCUGCCUCAGACGGGCCGAGGCGCAAGACGAGGCUGUCACGGCUGUUACUGUGCAGGCUGCGGGUGUUUCUUGACCAGCCACCAGGAUGGUCCUCGACUGGGGCUUUCAGCCGCCAAUGAAGAGCGGGGCUUCCAAGGGCCUCCCAAACAGCUAGGUUGCUCUCUUCGCUCCUUGAGCUUCAGCCUAGCUUGGGGACAGACCGGAGGAACGGGGCAGUCGUCCGAAUCUUCUGGUAAAGAGAAAAAGAUAAAAUCUUGAGGACUAGCGCCUUGGCGUGCCAUCUCCAGGGAGUACUGGUGGCUUGCACGAAUCUUGGCGAAAAGAGACUUACGACGGCAGUGCAGAGAAGGACGUGAGGGGCUGGGCGGGGAGCCGCUUCAUACCAGAUGCAUCUCAGUGCACGCCUUUCGAUUUUGUUUUAUUUUCUUUUAAAAGAAAAACCUCCUUUCGAGGGCGAGAAAUCACCUGACACGCCAAGGAGGCGGCGGUGAGGCAGAAGGAAAUCGGGGAGGGGGAACCGGAACGGAAAGAGGUAGCAAGCUUAAAAUGUUUAACCUGAUUUAAUUGUAGGGCUUCUAACCAUGCAGCCAGAGGUCUGCUUACUCACAAAGAAGUCCCACGAGGCUUCCUCGACGGCAGCUCAAAGACAGCAGCUGGGCGGGCCAAUGCCGCUCGCCCAUAUCUCCACUAGUAAAAGGAGGCGCCGUUUUUGUUAGACUGAGAAUCCAGGGAGCUGUCUAGAAUUACCCCGAGGGACCUUUUCCUAGGAAAGGUCAAGAUCCUCCGGGAGCUAGAAAUUUGCCCCAGACUGCUCACCUCAUAGUGGUAGAUCCCGGGAACUUUGAUUGAAAUGAAUGAUGCGUAGAAAGAGUCCACUCAAUUAUAAGCCAGGCAACCCUAUCCUAAGCACGUUCACUCAGAAGUAAGCCCAGCCAAAGACUAUAUGACUUACUCUCUCCUAAGACUGCGUUCCUGCGAUCCUGAAAUCUACUGGCUACAGUGGGAAUUUCCUCUGAUCAGAAGAGGUUAGGCUCACACGGUGUAGAAACCUACAAACAAACGCGAAGGGAAUUGGUUCAGAGCGCAAGUGCUUUGAAGUCGCAGCAUCGCGUGUUUUUUUGGUUUUAAAUCGUAUUUGAAAGAGUACUUGGUUGAAACGCAGCAAGCGAGCUGACGGUCGCUUAGAAUUCCGAUCCCUUCCCACUUAAUUCCCAAAGGAUGGCUCGCAGCUUUAACUUCAUUUCUUUGAAACACGCUUACUUGGGAAGCAAGUUCUCUUGCAGCCGCCAAGCUGAGCGCAGAAAUGGUGGCCGCGAUCCUACGCACGCUUAGGAAGAAACCUUAGGCAGAUGUAAAAAGCGCUGCGGAGUCUCUGAGAAACCUGGAUAGGGGUGGACAAGAAACUUUUUCUGGAAUUGCUUCCAAGUAGAUCUGCUGCAAAUCCUCCUUCCUUCAGACGACACGCCUUUAUGAACCCAACAGAAGGAACUGCUCAACAAAUUAGAAGAGGUCUGGAGCGUCCAAAAUAGUUGAACCCAGAGGGGGAAGGGAUGCAGAGAGAGAAUAUAGCUCGGACAUCGUUGCCCAAUGCAAGCGAGACUUUAGGAAAAAUAACGUUGCGCCGAGAAUCCAUUGCAAGCCCGUGUUCCGCCCUUCUCUCCGACUGUUGCAUUCCUUGACCAGUCCUCACUCGGUUGUUUUGGGGUCCCCUCCUGGGCCCCUCCUGGGCUCUCCAAUAUAUAUAUAUAUUUCUGCAAAGCGUUGGACUCGUCGACCCUGCUGAAAGCUCCUGUGCGCGGAGACGGUGCCGUUUGGGCUCCAUAAAUCAGCGGCAGUCAAAGCCUGAACAUGUGGGAAAGAGAGGGAAUAAUGAAACAGGCUAAAUAGGAAUCCACCCAAGAAAUCUCCUAUGUUUCGGGCCGCCGCCCUUGAGUUACUUCCUUGCGUAAAUCAAGCCGACUGAAAUCAGUGGGACGUAAUUCAGCCUGAAAUCCCCAAUGAAUCAAUAAGUCUGGAUCCCGCCCCCCUCUUUUAUUAGGGCGGACGGGGAUCGUAUUACAGGUCAGGACGGAGCUCUAGUUCCGUUUAGGAAUAACCGCAGCGAGCCGGUGAGAGGGCGGAGGGUUACCCCACCCUUUCCUGAAAGAAGCAACUUUUCCUUUCUAGAAACGCCCCCGUUUCCAGUUUAAUUUAAGGCGCUGGAAUCUCGGGGAGCUGAAGAGGCGCGACUCCGGCGUUUGCCGCAGCGCCGAUCCUAAGCGGGGAAGAGAGACCCGUUCCCUUCGGUAGGGCUUUCCGCCCAGGUGAGUGAGUUGGUUUGCGGCUGCAGCCUCAGAUGAGCUGGUUUGGAAAUUGCUGGGUAAGGAUCGCACGGUUUUCACUUCAAAGCAGAGAUUCCCUCGGUUGAGGGUUGGAGUGUGUGGACCCCCAUUUCCUCCUGAAGUUUCCAACACUUCUUCCUCUUUCCCCUUCCCCGUAUCCUAUUGUCAAUAAACCAACAGGCAGAGAAGAUUUUACUCAUUCUUCUUAUUUUUAAAAAAUCGUUCUUAUGGCGCUUUGCAGCGCAUCUUACAUAAACCUUGGCUCAGUUAUGGAUCCGCCCUGGGAUAGCUCAGUUGGUAGAGCAUGGGACUCUUAAACUCAGGGCUGUGGGUUCAAGCACCACAUUGGGUGAAAUAUUGGACUACGUGACCCAACUCUGAUUCUAUGAAAAGGGAACGGAACCGUACUGGCUUGCGGGUCUCUGAAGCAACUCCUCCGCUAUGCGCUUUGAAAUGGUUAAGCCGGUUCUGGCAUUCGCUACGGCCGUGUUCUAUUCAUUUUUCUAAAAAAUUAUUUGUUUAUCUUUUUAAUUGCUUUAAUUGCCCUUGAUGUGCCUGAGAUGAGGUGUGGCCUUUGAAAUCUUCCCUCACUUUAAUGAAGCACUUUCUUGACCACUGAGGAAGGGAUUAAUUCGGAUUGAGGGAUUACCAAACCGAGCCAGCCAGAAGUCAAAACGGCUAGUUUCCAGAGAGGGUGAAACGAGACUUCUAACUAAACUGGAGGAUGUGGGAGGACAGACCCCACCAUCAUUUGCAUCUCAUCGUGUGUAUGUGAAUAUAUAUUAAUUUUGGACCUUCCUUUUGCAGAUUUGAUGUGUUGGGAUUUUCUUUGGCUAGGCUUGAAAUGAUAGAUAAAUUCUGUCGCCUUGUUGUAAUGGGAACAAACAACAACAGAAAACAAAGGCCUUCACAUCUGAAUGAAUUGAAACGCGCCUUGCCGUCUGGGUGCUAAUUCUGUGCAAAUUCCCUUGGACUUUGAUGGCAUUUAUCCCCAAGAAAGCGACCCCAUUUUUAUUCUAGGGGUUUGCGGAUUAUCGACUAAUUUGACCGACCACUCGAUAAACCAUUAGACUAGAAAAUGGUGCGCCUGCAGCCCAGUUCCUCCGGUUAGUGGCAAUUCAACGGAGGCGCCAAAGCGCAUCUGGAGGACGCUUGACUCGGAGGGAGCGUGUGUACGAUUGUGCCCACCGUCCGGAGACUGGAAAUCCGAAUUCUUCUCCCUUGCUCCUGGGCCCUGGAUUACUCCCACUUUCAUUGAUGGGGUUUAGGGAACAUUUGCUGAACUCAGUCAGUGGCCCCGGGGCUCUUCCCAAUCCUCGUCUGAGCGUCUUUGCUACGGAGAGGGAUAACCCAAGUAAAUCUCGGAUUACAGCCAUAAUCUCUGCUAGCAUAUAUGUAUGUGUGUGCUCUGUGUUUGGUAUUUCUACCCCACCAUUUUUCUCCAAGGAGCUUGAGGCACCUUACAUGGUGUUCUCUCUCUCUCUCUCUCCUCGUAUUUAAACCCCACAACAACCCUGUGAGGUAGGUGAAGGAAAAGGCAGAUGCUUUAUGCAGUCAGACCACUGGUCGAGGUAGCUCAAUACUGUCUACACUGACUGGCAGCUGCUCUCCAGGGUUUCAGACGAGAAGUCUCUCCCAGCGCUACCUGGAAUGAUUGAACCUGGGACCUCAGAGCGCCCUGCAGCUUGCUGGCCCCUCGCAUGCUGCCAGGAAGGAAGGAAGGAUUUCUCGAUCCUGUUUGUAUAUACAGGGACAUAGUAAGGUGCUUGACUCUGAGCCAGAUCAUCGGCCCAUUGGGCUCAGUGUUGUUUACACAAGUGCUUUUCAGUCUUGGGUCCCCAGCUGCUGUUGGACUACAACUCCCAUCAUGCCUAGCUAGCAGGACCAGUGGUCAGGAACGAUGGGAGUUGUAGUCCAACAACCACUGCUGGGGACCCAGCUGACUGCCAGCUGCCCUCCUUUUAAGACAGAAGACAUUCCCACCCCUAUCUGGGGACCCCUGUCCCUGUCUGGCGACAGAUGCGUGGUGGAUGCGGAGGGAAAUGGUUGUCGGUGCAGUCGUCGGACAGGAGGAGGAGCGGCGUGGUGUUGCCUCCCGGGCAAUGGGGCUGGUUAGGUCAUUUUAGACUCUAAUCUCAGUUUAUCAUAGCCACGCUCCUCCACCCGCUGCCAUUUGAUCUUAAUGAGCAUAGCUUCACUUCAAAACGAGGUAGGGAAGCUCAGCUGCCUUUGCGGGGGCGUGAGGGGAGGUUAUGGUUGCUAAUAAUAGACGCAAUCCGCCGGUUGAAUCAAGGCGAUGACGUAAUAAUCGCCUUGCUGGAUACCGCGAUGAUGCAGUAAUCGCUCUGCUGGAUCGGACUCAGAUUUAUCUUGUUCGUACUAGAUGCCUCUGGGAAGCCCAAAAGCCGGGCGUGUAGGUUGCAAUCCUCACGCGUCUAGUGUCCCAAGGUAUACUGCUUCUGAACAUGGAAGUUUUAUUUAGUUGUCCCGGCUAGCGACCGUCGAUAGCCCUACCCUGCAUGAAUUGAUCGAGUUUUUGUUAUUCAAGCCAAGGAGGAGAAAGUCAGAUGUCUACCGGAGAAAAAAGAUUUAGAAGUGGUAAGGGAUUAAGACCCUUUGCUUUGCUUUUAACUUGAUAUGAUUUCUUAUAAUGAGAGCGAGCGAGCAAGAGAGAGAUGGCGAGUGAUUUCCUUUCAGAAAGAAGAGCAAGUAAUGGGGCCACUCAGUAUGUGUUUCCCUUUAUCAACUAAAUUUCACUCCAUGUCUCUUUAAGGAAGGGGCGUGGCCAAAAGGGGCGUGGCAAUGAUGAAUGCGUGGGGCUAACAAAGGAAGACUAGAACAAUAGUUAGCUACCACCGAGGUCUGCAGCUGCCUAGAGUGCAGAUCUCAAGAGACCUUUAAGGAACACAGCUUUAUACAGGUCAGUUUAUGUUAUAUCUGACAUUUUACUUUCAUAUUUUGAAGAAUUUUAUCAUUUCUACAAUGCAUAUGUUUCUGAACACUGAAGUUAAUUUGGGGGGAAGGGGGAUGGGGUGCAAGUAGUUACUUUGCCUGGGGCUCAAAAUAGCCUGGCACCAGUAUUGCUACCAGGGACGCGGGUGGUGCUGUGGGUUAAACCACAGAGCCUAGGGCUUGCCAAUCAGAAGGUUGGCAGUUCAAAUCCCCAUGGUGGGGUGAGCUCCCGUUGCUCAGUCCCUGCUCCUGCCAACCUAGCAGUUCGAAAGCAUGAAGUGCAAGUAGAUAAAUAGGUACUGCUCCGGUGGGAAGGUAAACGCCGUUUCCGUGCGCUGCUCUGGUUCGCCAGAAGCGGCUUUGUUAUGCUGGCCACAUGACCCGGAAGCCGAGUGCCGACUCCCUCGGCCAAUAAAGCGAGAUGAGCGCCGCAACUCCAGAGUCGGUCACAACUGGACCUAAUGGUCAGGGGUCCCUUUACCUUUACCUAGUAUUGCUACCACCGUCACACACAAGUCCCUUGAGGAUGAUGUGUGAGCUGAGGGGAAAGCAGAAAGGUAGAGUGCUGUGUUAAGUAUGUGCGAUGGUAUGCCUACCUGCGUGAGUGCAACAUGCGUGUUCCUAGGUGCUCACUUUGGGUUUGGAUGGAUGCAGCAACACACCCACCCACCAGUACUGAACAAGAGCAAACGGGCUCAAAGGUAGGGAUGGAGAACCUGUGGUGCUCCAGAUGGUUGUUUUUUUGGACUCUCAUCUGCCCCAGCCCAGCAUGGCCACUGGACGCAGAUGAUGCUGGAGGACCACAAGUUCCCCACCAAACCUGUCCUAAGCACUUUGCCUUACCAUCAAAUCCACUCUGGACUAAGAGUCAAACUUGCAACCAUGUUUAUUUGAAAGUAGUUCCCAUUGAACGUUUCCCCAAGCCAAUGGGACUUUCUAAACAUUCAUCCCCACUUAUUCUGCAUAUUCCUUCAUGCCCCUGCUGGCAUCUUCAACCCUAUUCCCAUUCCUCCUAUCCCUUCUUUUUGCAACCCCCUUUGCACUCCCAUUUCCACCUUCACAAACUUUUCUCACCCUCCCUCUUUUCUCAGCACCCCCUUGCACACAGAUCACCCCCAUUUUCCAUGUCUUAUUUUCUCUCCUAUUGCAUAGCCAGCCUUUGCACAUAUAUACCAUAUUAAGGUAAAGGGACCCCUAACCAUUAGGUCCAGUCGUGACCGACUCUAGGGUUGCGGCGCUCAUCUCGCUUUAUUGGCCGAGGGAGCCGGCGUAGUGCUUCCAGGUCAUGUGGCCAGCAUGACUAAGCCGCUUCUGGUGAACCAGAGCAGCGCACAGAAAUACCGUUUACCUUCCCGCCGGAGCGGUACCUAUUUAUCUACUUAAACCCCAAUAAAAAUACAUACCACAUUAUCACCUUCACCCCCUUUUCCUUACCUCCUCAUUCCUCCAUUUCUCAACUCUCCCUUACAGACAGACCCCUCCUUUUUAAUGCUUCCUGCUCUUUCCAGCAUGCACACCCACAACCAUGGUGAUACAUGUUACUGUAGCUUUAAGAUGUAUAGAAUUGUAUCAGCAACCUUUUUCAGUUACAGAAGGUUAAGUUCAGUGGAUGAUAUAUGGGUGUUUGCAGACAUCUCUUCUAAAUUUGCGACAUAUUGAACUUCAUGGUUGCUGUUGUUGUUUAGUCGUGUCCGACUCUUCAUGACCCCAUGGACCAGAGCACGCCAGGCACUCCUGUCUUCCACCACCUCCCGCAGUUUGGUCAGGCUCAUGUUUGUAGCUUCGAGAACACUGUCCAACCAUCUUGUCCUCUGUCGUCCCCUUCUCCUUGUGCCCUCCAUCUUUCCCAACAUCAGGGUCUUUUCCAGGGAGUCUUCUCUUCUCAUGAAGUGGCCAAAAUAUUGGAGCCUCAGCUUCAGGAUCUGUCCUUCCAGUGAGCACUCAGGGCUGAUUUCCUUAAGAAUGGAUAGGUUUGAUCUUCUUGCAGUCCAUGGGACUCUCAAGAGUCUCCUCCAACACCAUAUUUCAAAAGCAUCAAUUCUUCGGCGAUCAGCCUUCUUUAUGGUCCAGCUCUCACUUCAUGGUAUCAGAAGUGAAAUACCUUGUGGGGCAAAGCUAUGGAAUAUUUGAGGGCUCAGCACCCUCUGUUUCUCACAUCCUACACAGCUGAAGAAUAGAAGAGAGGCAAGGUAUUUGCAAGAUAUUUAUAUCUAUCUCUGUCCAAACCCUACUCUCUCUCUGCCACCCUGCCACAGUGGUGUAGUGUGGGUUGCCGGUGGCCAGAACAGGGCAAGUGUUGCGCCCCCUGGUGGAUUGGUCAGCUGGGCAUGGAGCCUAUCAGGCACAUGGCUGCCGGUGGCCACACCUUCUCGGCUUGACAGCUCCACCUUCCAGCUUGGCCAGCCCAAGGGUGGGCUGGGUGGGCGUUGUGCCAAGUAGUGCUCCUCUCAGAAUUUUGUGGUGGGCCAAAAGGCUUUGGGUGAAUAGACUCCAGCAGAGGCUAUUCUCCUGGGCAUGUGCUUCAUGCAAACAAUUCUAAGUAUGGACGCAAAAUGUUCAAGUGUUUGUUCUUUUUGCUAAAAGUAUCUUUUUCUUAUGCUAAGUCUUCUGACCACUGAUCAAUGCCGUGAGAUAUACUUUCCUUCCAGUGUUGCAACACCAGACUUUUUGGCCACCAACAGGGCACACCUGGCCCAAGUACAUUUGACCCUCUGGUCAAGGCUUGUGGUAAUGGAAUAUGACUUAGUGUGAGCAUCCAAUAAUUUUAUGGAUUUCUCAGGACUAAGAUGAUAUGGAUGAUGACUUCCAUCCAGAACGCUGCCAUGAUCCUCUCAUUAGAAUAAUACAACUGAACACCACUGGCCUGAAUCCAUGUCCAAAUUACUCAAUAGUAAGGGCACUGAACUUGGUUGGACACACUGCUGAGUAAAUAUACACCAAGCCAGGCAUGUAAAGCUAGAAUAGGUGAAUAUGCUUUGAACCUAUGCUGCUGCAAAUCUUUUUGUUAUCCUACAUCAAGGUUGAGGAACCUCAGGUCUAGUGCCUCCCAGACCUCAGGAGCUAGGAUACUCUCCAAGCUAUGCCCAUCGCUGGGACACCCUCCUUUUCCCAGGUCACGUCCCUAACUAGUAUGGUGAUCCCUCCUUGGGUGCGUUUUGCCUGAUGGGAGUGCGUCCUUGAACUAUGGAUCAUGCCUUUUGCUUUCCUGGUUGUGGAACAGAGACACAGAGAGGGUGCAGAAACCUCUGACCUGUAGGUGGGUGGAAUGUAGCCCUCGCAAAGGAAAGAGCAAACUUUUUCAGCAGGGGGCCGGUCCACUGUCCCUCAGACCUUGGGGGGGGCUGGACUAUAUUUUUUUUUGGGGGGGAUGAACGAAUUCCUAUGCCCCACAAAUAACCCAGAGAUGCAUUUUAAAUAAAAGGACACCUUCUACUCAUGUAAAAACAUGCUGAUUCCCGGACCAUCCAUGGACCAGAUUGAGAAGGCAAUUGGGCCGCAUCCGGCCCACGGGCCUUAGGUUGCCUACCCAUGGGAAAGAGUCACCUCUGUAGCUCCUUCCACUUUUUGCCUCUAGCCCUGCCCACCACUGGGAUGUGUCCCCCGAAGGCUGCCUAUGAGGAAACGUGGCCCUUGGUCUGGAAAAGGUUCCCCUAUUCCUCUGCUAUACAAUCCCAAACAACGGGCCAGCUCGUGUCUAUGGGUGAAAUGCAUAGCUCAAAGGAGCGCAGGAACCCUGAGCCAAUUUUAGCUGGAAGGGUUACGGCACUCUCUUUUGGGGUGGGGGCGCCAAUGUGAAAUUGAUUCUUCCUGUCACUGGCAAGUUGGAAGGUCUUGAUUCCCAUCCAUCACCCUCCUGCGCCUCCCCUCCGCCCCACCCGUCUUCCCAAGACCUUUUAACCAGGUCCUUUAGCUUGUAAAAACACACUGAUUAGGAAUACUAGUAGUGACCUUCGCGAUCAGUAAAUAACGGGGUCUCUUGCAAGCCGUUUCAGCCUCCCUUUCCCAGCUUGAGCUGCAGCGCAGAGCUCACGAGAGCAGGCUCUGUGUGGUGACACUUUUACUGUUGAAAUAUAUACUGAUUUUUAUUAGCUCUUGGGGGAAACCCAGAGGCUGGGGGAAUUUUUUUGUAUUUGCUGGCCUGUAAACCUUUUUUAUUGGAAAGCAGCUAAGGCGCGGGGGGGGGGGGAGAGGUUUGAAUCUGGUUUGCUUUUCACAGCCUACACUUUGUACACAAUAUGUGUCAAAAAAAGAAAUCCAGGUUUGUGUCAGGGUGAAUGUACGGUAAUCCAUGUGAGCACACAUAUAAGCAGUUUUUGGAAAAACAAAAGAAAUGCGUUUUUAAAAUAUAUACAGUAUAAAACAGAGGAAGAGGGCACCUAUUUUGCAUGCAGAAGAUCCCAGGUUCUUAAGAGAGGAAGGCAACAACAGAGAGCAGAUCCCCAGCACUAUAGAUCUACUCUCAGUACUCCUGGUUUUGUUUUAGGGGGACAGCAGGGGUUCCACUAGCAACUACUGCAGCCCACCCAGUCCAUCCCAGUCUCUCUGCCCUGGGGGAUCCUGUUAGCCUGGACUUUUGAGAGAAAGAUAAGGGGCCCUUCUACACAGCAAUUGCAAUAAAUGCAACCAAGUUUUUCUGCAGCAUCCACAGGACACUCCUCAUCAAAUGCCUCCUGCAUUCCCACCCUCCCUAAUCCAGAAUAGACAGAUUUUUCCAUGGAAAUGGUAAAUCGGGAUGAAGUGGGAAAAUAAUACAGGGCAGCGUAUGGCAAUAUGUGGAUGCCGCAGAAAGCUUGUACCCACAAGCAGCAACCACAAUAACUGGCCGUGAGGACUCACCAAAGCACUGUGCUUCGAAAUGCAAGGAAAGCCACUUAAGAGCUUCCCUAAUGCCUUGAAAUGUCAAGAGGCAACAGAAAUUGCCUUCCGAAAAAGUGGAGCUAGCCCUCCUCUUUGGGCUAUACAGAUAAAUGCCAUCUACAGUUGCGUUAACUGAUGAGCAGCCUAGCUCAGUUGGUAGAGUAUGAGGCUCUUUAAGCUCUGGGUUGUGGGUUCAAGUCCCAGGUUGGGCAAAAGCGUCCUACAUUGCAGGGGAUUGCACUACAUGACACUCUUGGUCCCUUCCAAUUCUACAAUUCCAUGAUUUCAGUGGCAGUCCAUUUCAUCACCCUCCCACCCCCCUUAGGAAAGAAGUCCCCUGGAUUCCAUUAGGGACCUCUAGGCCCCGGGUAUUUUAGCAGCUCCCCUUUCUCUCUCGUGCCAAGCCAGGCUGCUGGAAGAGGUCAAUUCUACCUGGGCAAGGGCCGCCUCCUCCCCACCCCGCGCACGUUCCCGCUUCAGAGGUGAAACUGACUGCAAUUAUGCGUUUUAUCUUGCAGACGAUCUUUCGCCCAGCGCUUUAAGGAGACAGAAGUAUUUGUUUGAUGUAUCGACUCUCUCCGACAAAGAGGAGCUGGUGGGAGCGGAGCUGCGGCUCUUUCGCAAAGCCCCUGGCGAUCAUUCCUCCAAGGCGCAGACAGGCCUGGCCCAUGUGCAGGUCUCGCCCUGCCUGUCGGGCCGCCUCCUGGACUCCAGGACUUGGGGCCUGCACGAGGCGGCGUCGGCCCAGGCCGGGGGCGGCUGGGUGGUGUUUGAUGUGUGGCAGGCGCUGCAGCCUCACCAGCCCUGGAAAAAGCAGCAGCAGCAGCAGCCGCAGCAACUGUGCCUUGAGGUGCGCGCCGUCGCGGGGACUCGAACUCACGCCCAGCAGCCCCUGCUGGACCUGCGCGAUCUGGGCCUGGGGCGAGGCGCUCGGGCGCAGCAGGAGAAGGCACUGCUGGUGGUUUUCACCAAGUCCCGGCGGAAGAAUCUCUUCUCCGAGCUGCGCCACGAAAGGGGAGCCCAGCAGCAGAGCGCGCACGCGCCUCCCCAGGAAUCGACGGCUGCCGCGCAGUUGCGCUUGCAGAGCCGUCGGAUGAGGCGCACGGCUUUCCACAACCGCCACGGCAAGCGGCACGGCAAGAAAGCGCGGCUGCGGUGCAGCAAAAAGGCCCUGCACGUGAACUUCAAGGAGCUGGGCUGGGACGACUGGAUUAUCGCCCCUCUGGAGUACGAGGCGUACCACUGCGAGGGCGUGUGCGACUUCCCGCUGCGCUCGCACCUGGAGCCCACGAACCACGCCAUCAUCCAGACCCUCAUGAACUCCAUGGACCCGGGCUCGACGCCGCCCAGCUGCUGCGUGCCCACCAAACUGACGCCCAUCAGCAUCCUGUACACGGACGCGGGCAACAACGUCGUCUACAAGCAGUACGAGGAUAUGGUCGUCGAGUCCUGCGGGUGCAGGUAGCGCCGCGCCUCUCUGUCUCCCCCUGGAGGGAAGAAAAAGAAGCACCAGGGAACUUGGGGAGAGAGAAGGAGAGAGAGCGCGAGCGCGCCCACGAGGGACUCGCUAGGGGUAGCCCUGCGCAGGGAGGAGAAAGCAAAAGAGGCGCUCGACGGGGCGGCCGCUGCUGCAGUUGCCGCCGCCGCGCGGGCCUGGGAAGCCCUCUGGAGUGGGAUUGAGGAGCGCGCCUGCGCCCUGCUAAGCCCGUUCCCCCCAAGCGCUCCGUGCACUUGUCAAGGGGUAGCCACGUUGGGGCGGAGAGGCCUGCUAGAAAUUGUGCCUGCUCCCACCCCUCCCUGCUGCCCAUCAGCUUUCCAAGUUCAGGAUUCCCUUUUGGUGGACGGCAGCUUAAGGAGCAAGGAAAGCCAGGGCAAGAACAGCUCUCCUCUUGUUCGGAAAACACGGGGCAAAGGCUAGGAGGAGAGUGGGCAUCUUCCUGAUGCUCUGUGGCUAGGAGUAGCUGGCCCCAGUCUGCUCCCCCGUAUUUGAUAUUAGGAGGUGUAUUGGUCAGGCAGAGUUUUUCCAGAGAUGGCGGUCACUUUAGUUUGAUCUCCUCUUACCUGCAAAUCAGAGAUGCUCAGAGUAGGGGGUGCAGGGAAGCAGAGGGGGCUGGAAAGGAAAUCCAGAUCAGCAGUGCUUUGGAGAUCAGUAUUGUGAGAAAUGGUGAUAGCCGCUUUCAUGAGUGAUGCUCAUGGUGGCUGAUAUCUCCCCCAUCCCAGGAUACCCUUCCACUUUCCAUCCUCCACAAGUAACUUAGCACAUGCUUACAAAUUGCCUGGAUGGUUUUGUUUUCCAGAUUGUAGUUUUACCCAGGUGGGCAGAUAGGAAAGCACCUGUCUCAGAGACACUUCCUGUCGAGAGAUCAGCAGGCAAAUCAUUGCAGGGGGUUGGACUAGAUGAUCCACUGGGUCCCUUCCAGCUCUACAAUUCUAUGAAAGCAGGAGGCUGAGGUCUAGGGGAUUGCCGUGGGGAAAGGGGCCGUGGGAACAGAAAAUGCCAAAUACUUCCUGUUAAGUGUCAGAUUGUAUUCUUUGCGUUGGCAGAAGAUAUAGGCUUUCUUUUAAGAGGAGAAAUGGGAAAGAGCCAGUGCAGAACAGAGCUGGCUUGAUGUUCCUCCAGAAACAUCAGGAAGUAUUCUCCUUUCUGUAGCUUUGCAAGAUUAGCAGGCUGAAACAGCCUUCGACACCCCUCCCCCCCAAAGUGCAAUGCCAAACUGUAAUUACCAGUGAGGUUGGGCUUCAGAUCCUAGUAAUGAAAAGCUGUGAAAGGAGUUUAAAGAAAGCACACACAAGAUGGGUCCCCCCCCUUUUUUAAAAAGAUAGGUUGGAAACGCCUUUUAGUUUCAAGGUAAGUUUCGCCAGGGAGCUGAAUUAAGUUCCAGGAGAAGGCAGGCGCCUUACAGGAAGCUACAGCAGUAUUACACAGUUGCGCAAAGUGAUGCCGAGAGCAAGUGCGUCGCUAUGAACAUUUGCCUUCUGUCCCAGCCUUCCGCGAAGAAUGGCUUGACGUACAAGAUAAUGCACUUCUGAGCAUUCCUGAAGUCCAUGGGGAGAUUCCUUCCUCCAGUGAAUUCUAGAGCGGUUAGACUAUAUCUUGACUUCACAGAGCUGCAAAAUGGCCGGGGGUGGGGGGUGGGGUGGGGGAGAGAAGUACAAGUGUAAAAAAAGUAAAUAAGUAAAUAAAUAAUAUAAUGAUGCUAAUAAAGGAAAGUCUCGGCCAGGAGCAAUAAUUGUUCUUUAAUGCACACUUUGGUUUGGAUGCACUGUUGUUCGUAUUGAAGCUGUAAAUACUUGUUUAUUUAAACAGACUGCAAAGUGCAGAAAUGGUGGCAAACAACAUUCAUUUCUCCCCCUCCCCCUAAAUGUCCAAAACAUGAUAUGCACUCAAAUGUCUAAUUUUUUUGGUUAAAAAAGUUUAUAUUUGAGCUGUACAGAGUUGAGCAUUAAUCCAAUAUUUCAGCUGUAUGUCUGUAACAUUAUCGUCCCUCUCCCCUUCUUGAAAUGUUAUUGCAAGAGUUAAAAUUCUGUGUUAAUAAUGGAGAGUUCUUUUUUUCUGUUGUCUACCUCACUACAUUGCAAGAGCACAAUCCACCGGGAAGGUCUGCAUGCCUUGCUGCGAAAGGCCUGUAGCUUAGUGGUAGAGCAUCAGCUUUGCCUGCAGAAGUUUCCAGGUUCGAUCCCCGGGCGGAGCUGGGAGAGACUUCCUGUCCGAAACCCUGGAAGGUUGCAGCCAGUCAUUGCGAACAAUACUGAACAAAAUGGGCCAUUGGUAUUAAGCAACUUCCUUUGUUCUCAUGCUGCUACGCAGUUCCUAUUUCAGUGAGGCUGAAGAAAGAGAACUUCCUGCUGGGUUGUGCGCCAAAUAAUAUGCAACUCUUAAGGCUGCGUACCCAUGGCAUUUUAUUCGAGAACCAAUGGAGACAGUGCUUCCCCCUCCCAUGUAGUCCGCACACAAUUUAGAUCUGUUGCAUAUUUUUUUGCCCCUGAAAAGCUCUUCUUGAGAAACUGGCUCUGUUCUGGAAAUAAAAGCUCAUUGCGGAUGGAUUCUGCAUUGCCGUGCAAUGUGCUCAUUUGCAAAUGGAUGAAAGCAGCUGUAGGCAGUCCCAGCAGUGGGGGUGUAUCCCUACACCUGCUUGGUGAUGCUAUGGGUGGGCAUAUAUCAAGUUCCCAGUCACCACUUCCUGCUUCGUUCACCCAGGGCAUGUGCAGGGAAGAAAAGGAGGGGUUAGCCUAAACAAGGGGAGGGGUUUCAAAUGUCUUAUCUGGUAACCACACCCACCCUUGCGGAUAGCAGGAUCUAGAAUCUACAGUAGUUUGAAAGUGACAUGUUGUGGACAAGAAUGAACAGUUCCUGAUUGAGAAAAAAUAUCACUUUUGUGCUACAAAUGGAUUAGUGUGUACGGAGCCUAACACUCUUUAAGGUAAAUUAAUAUUCAGAACAUUUUUACUGGAUGGUACUUAAACCACAACUGUAUUAUUAAACUCUUUCCUCCCUGGAAGCCAGUUGCUUUUUCUGUUCUAUUUUGAUUAAAUACCCGUGCAUUAAAAACCAAAAAACCCC